AUGUCUACGCAAGAACCUGCAAAUGAAAUUUCUGAGGACAAUCAAUGCGCUGAAAUGAUAGUUCGUUUUUGUCGGAAACGAAUUACUGAACUAGAAAAAAUAAAGGAAGCGAAAAAACAGCGUCAUAAUGAAGUGCGCCGCCAAUUUGUUUCAGCACCGGCAUCAGAAGACGCUCGUUAUCUUGAUGAAAUGGAAAUGACCCAAAGUAGCAGAUUCCGCUAUGGUCUCGAGCAACGAGCUAUUAGAAAUUUUGUUGAAGACCUGGAAGCAGCUAUCGAAAAUCCAGUUCCCGCUGAUAAUUCCCCAUUGAACCAAUUCAAUGCAGUCUAUCAGACUUUCAAAACAAAGUUAUCGUUGGAUGCUGCUCCUGCAAUGGGUGGAGUUUUCAUUCAUUUGGUCAAUGAGAUUAACAAAAAUGCAAGUGAGACCCAUCAAAUUUCUGAAGAAGAGCAGAUAAUCCGUGUAUCUAAAGUGAAAGACAUGACUUCCCAGUUUCUUUACAACAUAAGAAAUCGAAAGCUUCCAGUCAGAUAUGGAACAAUUGAUUUCACAAGAUGGGAAACAAUGUUCCAUCAAAACCAUAUGGAGUCUCUUGGGAUUCUCCUAUUGCAUUGCUUUUAUCAAAUUCCACUUGAUGAUGAAACAAGAAGAGCUCUACAAACAUGUUUCUCGGAUUCAUUUCAUCAUUAUCAGCAGUGGGCUGAAAAUCAUAAACGCUCAAAAGAAUUGGAAGAAUACAGAAUUUUGGCAGAUGUUGUGAAGAUGCGUAUGGCUCAUCUGUCUGAAAAUGAAAGUAAACGGCCAAUACAGACUAACGGAACUGCUGACGAGGCCUCCACCGGAACAACGAACUCUCCAAUAAUUGGUACUUUGUGGUUGGACGUUAAAACGGCUUUCGAAUAUUUGAAAAAGUCCGAACAAUUCAAAGUAUAUAGUUUCCUUUCGGCAUGUGCACGUCUUCAACAAAAACGUCAAAUUAACGAAAAGGUUGUUCGGAACCGAAUAACUAGAGAAUCAAUAGUUCAUAUUUCAGAAGAAGCCCCAAUAACCAAGGUUGGCUCAGCCAAAAGAACCCACAAGAAUAUGCAUACUCUUCCGAAGACUACAUUGGCAAUACAAUCGUGA